CUAAUCCGGCGACCUUGAGCUUUGACGCAUUUAGUGCCAGGAAGAGAAAAGGGGGACCACAGAAUGCGUCACACCCGGAAGCGGAGAUCCGGAAGUGGGAUCUCAAAGACACAGAAAAGACAGAAGGGUGCCUCAUCCCCCUUCCUCCCCUCCUCCCUCUCUUCAGCCUUAGCCAUGGCGGAGGCAGGGGCCGGGCUGAGUGAGACCGUCACUGAGACAACGGUUACCGUGACAACCGAGCCCGAGAACCGGAGCCUAACCAUCAAACUUCGGAAACGGAAGCCAGAGAAAAAGGUGGAAUGGACGAGUGACACUGUGGACAACGAACACAUGGGCCGCCGCUCAUCAAAAUGCUGCUGUAUUUAUGAGAAACCUCGGGCCUUUGGCGAGAGCUCCACGGAGAGUGAUGAUGAGGAAGAGGAGGGCUGUGGUCAUACACACUGUGUACGGGGCCACCGCAAAGGACGGCGUCAUGCAACCCCGGGACCAAGCCCCACCACCCCUCCCCAGCCUCCUGACCCCUCCCAGCCCCCUCCAGGGCCAAUGCAGCACUAAAUUCCUCUCUCCCCCACCAUUCCUGUGUCUGUCUGGCCCUGAAUGUAUUCAUGUGGCUACUCGGGGACUAAACCCAUGGUUUGAUCCCUUCUCCAGCCCCCUCCUCCCCUCUCCUCUGCCUUAUAGAGGGAAGAGGGGGAGGAGGGUGGACAGAGAUCCUGGAAUUCUGACUUGCUGCUAUUCCAGAACCCAAGCAUCUGGGUUUCCCCAGCCCUCAUUUCUGCCUCCUCUCUUCAGGGAUCCAGGCAUCUUGGUCCCAGUCUUUUCCCUUUGUUCUCACUGCCAAACUACCUGUCCUGUGAUCUAAUUAUCUUGGCCCCUUGCACUCUCUACUUGAGUUCCAAACAGUUAAAUUGGGUUUCCAACAGCCCCAGCUUUCACUGCCAGGGUCCUAGUCAGAUUCCAGGCAAUCUUGCCCCCCGCUAUGCUUGUUAAUCCUGGCUUAGAGCUUUUCCACUAAUGUAUUUAUGUCAUCCUAACUCUUAGUCCUUGCCUGUGGGAUGUGAGGUCUUAUGUGAGACCUCAGGGCUCCUAGCCUUUCCCUCCUCUCCUGCCCACUCCCGUCAUGCCCUUAAGAGGAGUUAGGAGAGAGAGAGGUCUUUGUCAUUCUCACCUUGGGAGAAUGGGAAAUGGAAAAAGAAAUAAUCAUGUCCUCUCCCCUCUCUCUUUUCGUGUGACCUAGGGUUUCUGACAAAGCUGGCUUCAAGACUGGUCACUUAGAGCUAACUAUCUACUCAGCCUUUGGUCUUCCAGCUUAGGAGACAGAUCCAACACGGUCCCAGGGGCCUGGGUCCCUGGGAGAGGAAGGAACAGGGAGGGAGCAAAGAGAUGCACUCUCACCCCUUCCUUCCUAGGCUUUGAUGUCUCUGCCAGCCCAGAUGUCCUGGCCUUCCCCACCCCUUACUGGGAUCUGGAUAUCAUUUUCCAGGCCUCUUGCCAUGCACAGGUGCAGAGAUCAGUCAAAUCCAUACCACCACUGAGAUCUCAUUUAUUGCCACAGAUGCACAAAAUAA